CGGCCAAUUUAGAAGACAUCUCACAACCCAUCGUCAAUUUUCAGUGCGGCCAGAACAUAUUCCAGAUGUUCAAGUUAUUCACUGAGAGGAUCGGCCCAGUCCAGAUCCUCCGGCCUGACUCCAACAGCACAUUUGUGGAUAACAGCGUAUCCAGUCGAACUGGAGAUCCACAACGUCGUCCAGGUGUCCCUCAGUCUGCCCUCGACGACCCUAAAGCCUUCGAACUCCGCAUAGGACCAUUUACUGCAGGCUUGCGCGUCCUCGGUGGAGUAAGGGCUCUCAAAAAUAAUUGGCCUUGGAUGGCGCUACUAGGGGAGCGGAACGAUAAGGGAAUUCAUUGGUUCUGUGCUGGUGUUCUCAUCAACGACCGGUGGAUCCUGUCAGCUGUUCACUGUGUUCAAGCAACGCGUCCCCAGGUGGUGCGUCUGGGUGAGCAUGAUUACAAUGAUGAGAAAGAUGGUGCAGUUCACGAAGACUUUAGUGUAGCUGCCACUGUACCUCACCCUGAGUACUUCCACCCUCAAGCCUACCAUGACUUGGUCCUUCUUAUGCUCGACCGCAGAGUUAAACUGAAGCCGUCAAUCAAUCCAGUUUGUCUUCCAUGGGGGAAUGAGAGCAGCCGGAGACUGGUGGGUCAGAACGUCACCUUGACUGGUUGGGGAGACACACAGUUUGCUGGCUUCCCCAGCUCUGUGCUACAGGAAGUGGAAGUGACAGUGUUUGAAUCCAAAGAAUGUGACAAGAGUUACUCCACUCUGCUGGAGUACCCCAGCUCCUGGCCUCUAGGCAUCGGGGAGGAGAUAGUAUGUGCAGGAGACCGCAGUGGUGGAAGAGACUCGUGCCAGGGUGACUCUGGCGGACCCAUCGUUUACCGUAGCUCUGAUGGUCGCUACGUCCUGGCUGGGAUAGUGUCUCGUGGGUACGGCUGUGGUAUUAAGGAGUAUCCCGGCCUAUACGUCAACAUCCAUCAUCCGCCUUACCUCGCCUGGAUCAAGAAAGUCGCCUUCUAGACGUUUUAUCUCAAAUCAGACAAUAAA